AUGGCUACCAGGAUUGCACGUCACAGGCAUAUCCACGGUCCAGAGAUUCUCGACGAAGACAAUAAGGAGGAAGAAGAGAACGAUAUCAGUCAUCGAAGCCAGGACCGUGGUCGCAGGCUGCACGAGCGGCGCGAGGAGAGCUCCGACGAUGAAAUUGUCGCGGAAAGAGAAACUGAGGUGUAUUCGAGGAGCUUCCGGGAAGUGGACCGCCGGGAAGCAGCGCCCAGCAAGGUGUAUCGGAUGGAGGUGGAGGAGAGUUCGUCAGACGAGGAGGAGCUCGAUGAGGAGGAGAUCGAGCGGAGGAGGGCGGCGAUGAGGGCUCGAGCUAGACAACGUUUUCAGGAAGAUGAGGAGGUGCUUGGAGUGGACGAUGAGAUCAAGAAGGAGAAAGUAGAUUCAGAAGAAGAGGAAUCCUCAGAAUAUGAGGAGUAUACAGACUCGGAAGAAGAAGAUGGACCAAGGUUAAAACCAGUCUUUGUUGCUAAGAAAGAUCGUGUCACUAUUCAAGAAAAGGAAAUAGCUGCUAUGAAAGAGCAGGAACUAGAACAAGACGCCAAGCGCAAGGCUGAGGAAAGGAAAAGAGAAACGAUAAGAAUGGUGGAGCUAGAUGCAAGGCAGCUCCAGCAAGUGGAGGAGGACGUUGGUUCCAACGAGCCAAACCUCUUGACCGUAAACACCGACGACGAGAACGACGAAGUCGAGUACGAGGCUUGGAAGGUUCGCGAACUCCGCAGGAUCAAACGUGACAGGGACGAACGUGAACAGAUUGAGAAGGACAGACUUGAGACGGAGAGAUUAAGAAACAUGACGGAGGAAGAGAGAAGAGAAGAACUAAGAGUGAAUCCUAAACAGAUAACCAACAAACAGAGCAAAGGAAGAUACAAGUUCUUACAGAAGUAUUAUCAUCGUGGUGCUUUCUAUCUGGAUGAUGAGAAGGAGGUUCUUAAAAGAGAUGUCUCAGGAGCCACUCUUGAAGAUCACUUUGAUAAGACCGUCUUGCCUAAAGUCAUGCAGGUCAAGAACUUUGGACGGUCUGGUCGUACCAAGUACACCCAUCUUGUCGAUCAAGACACCACCUCCAUGGACUCAGCGUGGACCAACGAAACGGCUCUCUCCAGGAAGUUCCAGACCUCUGUCGCCGGAGGCAUGAAGCAAACCUUCGAGAAACCUACCGCAAGGAAAUCAAGGAAGGCUCCGAUGCAAUGAGAGUGGACACUCUAGAAAAGUGGCUGUCGUUGCAGCUGAAAAUUCAUUUACUUUACAGUGGUAAGUUUCCUCAAGGAUGUUCCAGACAACUGUUACUGGUGGCAUGAAGCAAACCUUCGAGAAACCUACCGCAAGGAAAUCAAGAAAGGCUCCAAUGCAAUGAGAUUAGACACUCUAGAAAAGUGGCUGUCGUUGCAGCUGAAAAUUCAUUUACUUUACAGUGGUAAGUUUCCUCAAGAAUGUUCCAGACAACUGUUGCUGGUGGCAUGAAGCAAACCUUGGAGAAACCUACCGCAAGGAAAUCAAGAAAGGCUCCGAUGCAAUGAGAUUGGACACUCUAGAAAAGUGGCUGUCGUUACAGCUGAAAAAUUCAUUUACUUUACAGUGGUAAGUUUCCUCAAGAAUGUUCCAGACCACUAGAAUCCUUCCCACUACCGCAAGGAAAUGUAGAAAGGCUCCAAUGCAAUGGAAUGAGUUUUGAAGAAAAAAAUCAGGAAAACUGGCUAUAGUUACAGCUGGAGAUUCAUGUACUCUACAAUUGAAAGUUUCCUCAAGGAUGUUCCAGAUUGCUGUUACUGGGGGCAUGAAACAAACCUUAGUGACACCUACCUGCUACCGCAAGGAAAUCAAGAAUGGCUCCAAUGCAAUGAGCUUGGAAAAAUCAGGAAAACUGGCUAUAGUUACAGCUGGAAAUUCAUGUACUCUACAAAUGAAAGACUUCCAAAUGACAUUCCUGGCCAUUAUCUCUGGCAACAUGAAAAUGUCUUUCAAGAACAUAUGAGAAGAAAGCCUGGAAAGAAGUCAAUGUAGUGAAAUUGGAAAAUCAAAAAAUUGGCUGUGGUUACCUCAACCCCUGUGCAUUACAAUUGAAAGAUUUCUCAAGGAAAUUUCAAACCAUUGCCUACAUCAGGAAAGGCUCGAAAGACUCCAAAUGCAAUGACGGCCCCAUAACAGAAAGAUUAACCAUUCCAGACCAUUUUCUCUUGCUGCUUGAAAGUUAAACAGCAAAGUCUUAAAAAUGAUACGUUUUUUUACUGGGAGCCAUUGUAAGGAAGGUAAAACAGGACUAAUGUGAGUGCACCUGGUGGUUAGAGAUAUGAUGGGAGCAACAGAGCUGCAAAGUAGUACUAAUUAUCCGUAUUUAGUACUGAAAAAUGAGAAGAAUACUGAUGGUUUCAUGCAAAAUACUGAUUUCUUUAGUUUCUGUUUUAUGUGUUGUCCGUUGGUAUUUCUUUGAAAAUACUGAUAUCCUCACCAAAAUACAGAUUUUCAGCAUGAAAAAUACUGACAUGUUCUUGAUCGGGUUGGCACCUCUGGAGCAGAAGCAUUGUAAAGUUUCUGGAAUUUGAAUUAAUGAUCCUAGGAAAGAUUGAACAAAAAAGAAUCG